CUGAUUGUCCACCUGAGGAGCCACACUGGGGAAUGGCCCUACGAGUGUGGGGAAUGUGGGAAGAGCUUCAGAGAGAAGUCCCAUCUGAUAAGGCACCAUCACACCCACACUGGGGAGAGGCCCUACCAGUGUGAUGAAUGUGGGAAGACCUUCAGUCAGAGCUCCAACCUCAUCUCCCACCAGCGCAUCCACACUGGGGAGAGGCCCUACGAGUGUGGGGAAUGUGGGAAGAGCUUCAGUCAGAGCUCCCACCUCAUCUCCCACCAGCGCAUCCACACUGGGGAGAGGCCCUAUGAGUGUUCUCCGUGUGGGAAGAGGUUUAAGACCAGCUCAGAUCUCCUCAGGCACCAGCGGAUUCACAGGUAUGAGAGGCCCUUCCACUGCCCCGACUGCGGGAAGGGCUUCAAGCAAAACUCCCACCUCGUCACCCACCAGCGCAUCCACACUGGGGAGAGGCCCUAUGAGUGUCCUGAGUGUGGGAAGAGCUUCUACUGUAGGUCUCACUUGAUCCAACACCAACGGAGGCACCAGUAAGGGAAGCCCUGUGAGUGCCCCGACUGCAUGAAAUGCUUCAUCCUGUGCUCCAACUUCAUCCUCCAUCGCAGGACCAAGUUUGGGAAGAGCCCUGGUGACCCAC